AUGAGCCAAUCUCCUCCGAGCUCUCCAACUCAACCCCUUCAGAGCUCUCCAUCUCAAUCCCUUCCAAGCUCUUCAACUCAUUGUGCCAUGUCUACCUCUGAUUAUCCCAAACCUGAGGACAAUCCUCAUCACCCAGCUAGUCAGUAUUUCAUUCAGCCCGGCGAAAAUGCCUCCUCUCCAUCGGUCCCCGAGUUACUUACCAUUGAAAAUUACGUUACCUUGGCUCGCUCCAUGCGUAGAGCUCUGAACAUAAAAAAUAAGUUUGAAUUCCUCGAUGGUAAGAUCUCCAAACCUUUGGAUUCCGAUCCUUUGUUCCUCCCAUGGGAACGAUGCAAUGACAUGAUCAUUGUGUGGCUCCAAAACUAUGUUGGUUUAGACCUUCGAUCUACAAUUGCCCAUGCUGAGACAGGGGCCGAUGUAUGGAUUGACCUUUGUUAUUGUGAUGAAUUCGAUGUAUAUGAGCCAAUGCCUCUCAUGGAGUACCAUCAUCGUCACAAGGUCAUGCAGUUCUUAGUGGGACUGCAGGAUUCUUAUGAUGCCAUUCGUGCUCAAAUUCUCCUAUCUGACCAACUUCCAUCUUUUAACCGUGUUUUCUCUCUUAUUCAACAAGAAGAAAGACGUCAGCAUUCCCUUGAGCGAUGCUUCAAGGCUAAUCUGAACCUUCCAAUCUGCUCUCACUGUCGUAUCCCAGGCCAUACCAAAGAUAAAUGUUAUCGGUUGAAUAGUUAUCCUCCAGGCCACAAAAAUGGCCCCAAAUCCAAAUCUGUUGCUAACAUUGUUUCUCUUGAGCAGGAGCAAAUCCACAAUAGCUCACCUAUUACUCAGGAGCAGUAUGGUAAGCUUCUUGCCUUACUCCAACCAUCUUCCACCAUCGACAACACGCCUGCAGCAGCAAACCAAGUUUAA